GAACGACAACAUCACCAACAUCAAUACCAGCAACGCCAACAUCAACAACCGAUCCUCCCCGUCCAACGCCACAAUGAAAGCCUACUGGUUCGACAACCUCCCCGGCGACCAACGCGAACCGCACGACAGCGGCAAACCCGUCGACCCCGAAUAUCUCAGCUCCCUCGGAAUCAUCCACCACUACCUCCCAUCCAACCUCGCAGCCGUAAACAGCAUCGCAUCCGAACGCAACUACAAAAACCGCGACGAGAUAGAAAUUUCCCCCACAUUACUCCCCAACUACGAAGAAAAAGUCAAAACUUUUUUCCACGAACACUUGCACGAAGACGAAGAAAUUCGCUACAUUCUCGCUGGAGGAGGCUAUUUUGAUGUGCGCAGUAAAGAUGAUGCGUGGGUGAGAAUUCGUUUGGAAGAGGGCGAUUUGAUGAUUAUGCCUGCUGGGAUUUAUCAUCGUUUUACUACGGAUGAGGGGAAUUAUACAAAGGCUAUGAGACUGUUUAAGGAGGAUCCGAAGUGGACGCCGUUGCAGAGAGGGGAGGAGACGGAUCGGAAUGGGUAUCGGGAGGAGUAUCUGAGGGUGAGAGAUGGGGUGGCGGCGGCUUCUUGAGGGGGACGGGAAGGGGAGUGUGGUUAGUAUGAUGGGCGUCGUGCUGAGAAAGUGCUGCGGUUUUUUUUUUUCAAGAGAGUGGUAUACCCGGGCGAGCGGAGGUGGAUGAGAAAAGUAGAUGAUGCGAAUAUAACGAUUUUUC